UGGACAUGGUAGACGUACUCGCAUGGAGAAAGAAUUGCAAGCUAAAUACAAGAACAUCACAAAAGAAGUUAUCAUGCUAUAUCUGACACUCUGUAAACCAUGCCAGCAGAAAAACUCAGAACUCAAGAAAGUUCUAACAUCAAAGUCAAUUAAGGAAAUUAACUCCAGGUGCCAGGUAGAUCUCAUAGACAUGCAAUUGAAUCCUGAUGGGGAAUAUAAAUUUAUUAUGCAUUAUCAACGCCUUCAUAUGAAGUUAAGUUUUUUGAGGUCACUAAAAUCUAAGAGGCCUCAGGAAGUUACACAUGCUCUUUUAUAUAUUUUUGCCAUUAUUGGAGCACCCAGUUUCUUACAAUGCAAUAACGGGAGAGAAUUUUCAAGCCAGAUCAUCAGAGAAAUCAGUAAUAUUUGGUCAGAAUUAAAGUUGGUCCAUGGGAAGCCUCAGGUUUGCCAAAGUGAAAGUUCUACAGAAGAAAUUGAGGAAAUCCAAAAGAGGAUCUUCUCCUGGAUGCAAGUGAACAAUUCACCACAGUGGGCUGAAUUUUUGUGGCUCAUUCAGAUAAUCCAAAACCAGCCCUAUCACAGAGGCAUGCAGCAGACUGCAUGUGAAGAUGUAGGUAGAUCUGAAGCUAAGCUAGACCUGUCUCAGUUAACUGCAGAGCUUGUUAGCAGACUGCACAGAAAAAAUGAAUUAGACCAGGUCAAUAAAGAGUUAGAAAAUACUCUCAGAGCCCAGCAUGAAGAAAAUAUUGACAUUGGAACAGAUAGUAGUGACACUGAGGAAAAUCUUUCUGUUAUCACUAAUGUGGCUAAAAAUCCCCCUCCUGAAAGCAGGCUAAGAUUUUUAUCCUGUGUAAUUUGUGAAAAAGAAUCCAUAGGGACAGGUAAUUGUGUAUCAUAUCUUGGAAAUGUCCAUGCACUCCAUGGGGUAUCUUCUCACGAGGAGGCUGUAGAGUGUGGUCAACAAAUAAAUGGUAGUCUUUGUCAUGAGACCAGUACAAUGAAAAGGAAACAGAUUCAGAGAGGGUUGCAUGUUCAACCUUCCAAAAUGCUAAAGCCAUCAGAGUUAGCCAUUUUCACCAGACACAGGAGACUAGAUAAGAGUUUGAGUAUCUUAUGUAAUGAAAGCAGGGGAAAAACUUUAUUGCUCUUUGCCGUGCUCUUGAUGGAUAAGAACUUUGGUCUCCUUCAAUGUAUUUUCCCUAAUGAAGGGCAUGACUUCACCUUUUCAUCAGAUUUGAAGUUAUAACUU